AUGGUGCUUGUGUCUAAAAGUGAAAAGAGGCAAAUUUACCAAUACUUAUUGAAAGAAGGAACACUUGUAGUAAGAAAAGAUACCGGGCUACCAAAGCAUCAAGACAUUCCUGUUCCAAAUCUAAAAAUUAUGAUGAUUUGCAAGAGUUUGAAGUCAAGAGGACUGAGGAGGAAAAAUUCAACUGGCAAUGGUUCUAUUAUUAUUUAA